AUGUCUGUGGAUUCAAGAUGGAUUCCGUGCCGACUAAAGGUCGAGCCGAGUGUCUGUACACCGGACUACGACGGUAUAAUCCUGGUGUCAGGAUGUCCGCCCGGGGUCGAUGAGCCCGAGCCCUUCAAGACCGUUCUCUUCUGUGCGGCGCAGAUUGACGAUGCCCUUCAGGAUAUUGGCGCAGUUUUGCCCAUCAAUCUACCAGCGAGGCGACUUAUCUACAGUCCAACUGGACCGCUCAAUAUGGACUACCACGAUGUCAGAAGCUUUUCCGAGGCUGCGAUCAGGGGGAUCCAGAGAGCACUAAAAGCUGGUGUGAGGUGUCCAAUGAUCGUUCUACUUCCUGACUUACGCUUCGAGAACGUCGAGCUGGUCACCCUUCUUGGUGCACUGGAGGGUCUCUACGUUCCUUUGGAGGUGAGGGAGAGCCAUCCGGCAAGAUGCUACAAAGCCCAUCAACUUGGAGUCUGGAGUACCAUCUGCAGCCAGAAGCUCCAAGCCAUCGUGAAACUAGCAUCGGCACUCGAGAGUGGUAGAUACGUCGCUAGGGAUAUCGGUGGUGCAGAUCCUGAACGAAUGACACCAGCCAGAGUGGAGGAGUACAUAGCCGAGCUAUUUCAUGGCUCAAACGUAAACGUACAAGUCAUCAGUGAUGAGGAUACACUCCUCCAGGAGUAUCCUCUCUUCGCAACGGUAAACCGCGCUGCCUCUGUUAUUCCACGCCACCGUGGUAGGAUCAUAUUUCUCACUUACGAGCCGCAGAAUCCAGCCUGUGUAUUAGAGACCCUUCUACUUGUGGGCAAAGGCGUUACGUAUGAUACUGGUGGUGCUGAUAUCAAGAUUGAGGGAGGCAUGAUUGGAAUGUCGAGGGACAAGUGUGGUGCUGCUGCAUGCACUGGCUUCAUGCAGGUGGUGAACCUCCUUCAGCCACCAACAGUCAAGGUCGUUGCGGCAUUGUGUGUCGUACGUAAUAGCGUAGGGGAGAACUGUUAUGUGGCCGAUGAGGUGAUAACUGGAAAAUCGGGUAGAAGAGUUCGGGUUGUGAACAGCGAUGCCGAAGGGAGAAUGGCCAUGGCAGACGCCCUUUUCCACAUAAAAGAAAUGGCCCUUUGCUCUGUCAAUCCCCAUAUAUUCACCGUUGCCACCUUAACUGGUCAUGCUAAACUUGCUGCUGGCACCGGUUACUCAAUUGUAAUGGACAAUGCGGUAGCAAGACAGUCGAGUAAUGCUGAGAAACUCCAGGCAUCCGGUGAGAUGAUGGGCGAUCCAUUUGAAAUAUCGAGAAUACGUCGUGAGGAUUUUAGAUUUCACGAGGGUCGUGCCGAAGGCGACGACGUCAGACAAGCAGCAAAUGUACUCAGUACGAAACUUGAACGUGGCCAUCAGGGUCCCGCCGCUUUUCUCAUAAUGGCUUCCGGCUUAGAGAAGCACGGUGCAUGUAGCUGUACGCCCUUAAAGUAUACACACAUUGGAAUUGGUUCACAUCUAUCUUCAUGCCACGCUCUUGAAAUACCAUACUCCGGAAAUCCUGUACUAUCCAUGUCAUAUUGCUAUCUCAUCCAGGGCAAGUGUUUAACAAUACGAAAUGAUCCACCGGAUGAGAUGCAAUAUGUGUGUGAGAUUGACUGCAAACCCGUUGGCAUUGCACCACAACAGCCGUGUGGUAUGAUUGGAGAUUCUGGGAGAAAUCCCUGUAUCGUGCCUUGCACACCUACCGCUGGUGAAAAUCCGUGUCAAUAUCCUGGGGAUGGCUGUAGUGGCAGUAAAGCGCCGGCUGAACAACUUAUUGUUGAGCCUGUUUGCCUGCCCAAUACGAAGAGGAAUGGAUUGUGA